GCCAUUGAGAGCUUCAAGGCGGCAGCCAGGUUUGUCGGUGAUCACGUGUCCUUUGCGAACCUAGGCGUCGCUUUCAUGCGCAACAAGGACUUUGGAUUGGCGUUGAGAGCCUUGAAGAAGGCUCUUGCCUUGAAUCCUGACGAUGGACAUGCCAAAGAAAACAUGGAAGUGUUGCAGUCCUUCGCCCAGGGCAACGGCAUCGAUCGGAAGAAGCUAGAGGCAUUAGGACGCAAAGCAGAGCUGGAUCUGAUGCCUGGCUCGCGGGCACCGCAGGAGUCUGCAGGUAGCACCGAGGAGGAAGCUCCCAAGAGCCGGGAGCUUCGCAGCCUCACAUCGGCUGCAUCCAUUGGUGCACGUGCCAAAGAGCU